CCGAAGACCUGCGCGCUAGGAAGCUGAGCCAAUAGGGAAGCAGCACGAGCCGCAGGGCUCAAGUUGGUUUCCCAAACCCGCCCCCCUUCCCACAAACACUCUACCCGUCUCCCGCCCACCCCACUCCCGCCGUUGGGGUAGUCUCGUGCGCGAGAGGCACCGUCAUCCGCCCCACAGGACUGUCGUUCCCUUCCUCGAGGAACCCUCAGAAACCUUGCUCUGUGGUCGCGCACAGGGGCUCCCUGACGAUUUCCAGGGUUCCUCAAGGAUAAAUACCGCCAGCAGUUCCAUAGGCACUCCAUAGAGCAGAAUUAUGGAUCCAAGCUUGCUAAGAGAACGAGAACUUUUCAAAAAGCGAGCGCUCUGUACUCCGGCUGUAGAAAAACGUCCAGCACCCUCUUCUGAUUCCUCAUCUUCUAAGAAGAAGAAGACAAAAGUAGAGCAGGGUGGAUCAUCAAGCUCAAAACAGAAUGCAGGUUCGUGGGUUCUGCUUUUGGAGUUUAAACAGAAACUCUUCUUCUUAUGUCCUUUCCUUCCAGAUCACAGCAAUGGAUCUUUUAACUUGAAAGCCCUUUCUGGUGGAUCUGGCUACAAGUUUGGAGUCCUUGCAAAAAUAGUAAAUUAUAUGAAGACGCGGCACCAGCGUGGUGAUACACACCCAUUAACUCUGGAAGAAAUAUUGGAUGAAACACAGCACCUAGAUAUUGGACUGAAGCAGAAACAAUGGUUAAUGAGUGAGGCCCUUGUCAACAAUCCCAAAAUAGAUGUUAUAGAUGGAAAAUAUGCUUUCAAGCCUAAGUACAAUUUGAAAGACAAAAAGGCCCUGCUUCGGCUCUUGGAUAAACAUGACCAGCGAGGGCUAGGAGGAAUACUUCUAGAAGAUAUUGAAGAAGGACUGCCUAAUGCACAGAAAGCCAUAAAAGCUUUAGGGGACCAGAUCAUCUUUGUUACACGUCCUGAUAAGAAGAAAAUUCUUUUCUACAAUGAUAAGAGCUGUCAGUUUACAGUGGAUGAAGAAUUUCAGAAACUGUGGAGGAGUGUUCCUGUGGAUUCCAUGGAUGAAGAGAAGAUAGAAGAGUAUCUGAAACGCCAGGGAAUUUCUUCCAUGCAGGAGGCUGGACCAAAGAAAAUAGCUCCAAUUCAAAGGAGAAAGAAGCCUGCUUCUCAGAAGAAACGGAGGUUCAAGACUCACAAUGACCAUUUGGCUGGAGUUUUGAAGGAUUACUCUGAUGUGGUUCCGGGCAAGUAGAGGACCUUCUGGAAGGAACAGUUGUGAGCUUUGAUGCAGAUGCUCAGUAGCUCUGAGGGACGAGUGUCCUGUGUAUAAUGUUAAGUGGUUCUACCCCCUCCCAGUCCUGCAGCAGCCAAGAAGAACCAGCUCUUGAGAUAAAGGAUGAACUGUUCAUCUAGAUUUAUCUUAUUGGCUAAUAUGAACUUGGAUCAGAGCUGUUCACUGUCAAUAGACCUCUGGUAUUGGAGUUAAAUAUAUUCAGCAUGUAGUGCCAAGGUUCGUAUUCACCAUUUAAGUCUUCUUUGAAUAAUUUUUUGGGGGUUCUGUGGGUAUUUUCUUUUAUUCAUCGGGGUUGACUUACAGAUAAAAUGGAGUGUUUGUUUUAUCUCUCAAGGAAACAUGUUUAUAAUAAAAUACUAGAAAGACAA